UUUGCUGCCGAAAGGGUGCUAGAUUGGGAGAUUCCUCUGCAACCCCAACAUGGCGAAAAGAUCAGAUUUUGCCCAGAAGCUGUUGGAUGAUCUCCGGUCACGAAAGGAACGAAUAGCUGCGUCUCAAAGCUCAAACCGUUCAAACUCAAUGGCUGUAGGUGCUUAUACAUACUCCAAGCAAACUCAUAAAGGAUCCAGAAGCAUAAAAGCACAUGAAAAUAUGGGUUCCAGAACAACAAACAUGCACAACAAUAGGUCUACUGGAAUCAAUAGAUCAUCCAUCAUUGAAGAAGGUUCAAAACAGAUUGUUCCUUACGCCAGAGGUCGCAGCUCAGAACAAGUAGGAGAUCUGUCAAUGGCUCUGGCUUUUGCAAUUGAAAAUGGAGGAAUGCUACGCAGAACAGAUUCCUCUGGCAAUAACUCAGUGUUGGGUUUCCUAAACCAAAUUGGUAGGAGAUCCAUGGAGAGAAGCAGUGCAGGCAGGCACAGGUCUUCAAGUAGUGGCUUCCCCAAUCUCUCUCACCUCCACAUUAAAGAAAUAUCAAAAGGGGCAGAAAAGCUAAACCAGAUUCUAAGAGCCUGCUCUAGUGGCCUUAACUUUGAUAGAUAUUCAAUAGAAAUUGGGAAGGAACUUUUGAAAGGAGCCAUGGAUUUGGAAGAGUCUCUCAGGAUGCUUGUAAACUUGCAAGAUGCUUCGGAUUACAUGGUAAGCCCACAGAGGAAAAAUCGGAUCAUAUUGCUGGAGGAUGAUGAAGACAACGAAGACAACACUGUCAGAGAACCCGAGCAGAAGCAACUUGGCCGGCCAAGAUUCUCCUUUGACAAAUCCUCAAGCCAUUUUCAUAACUUCCUGACUUACCCUACUGAAGCUGCUAACUACAACCAUGGAAAUCAAGCUCUAGUAACUUCAAGAUCUGCUUCUCACAUUGCUGCAUUCCCAGAACAGAGGAAUCACUCAAGUUCAUCUCGAUCCAACGCAGAAAAGGGGAGGAUUCCAAAUGUUAUUGCAAAACUAAUGGGGCUGGAUGAAAUUCCACAACACUUGGAUAGAAAGCAAGCCAGACAGAAAGAUUCGACACAAAAGCAAAAAAUAGAAGGGGUGGCCUUACAGGGAAGUACCAAGAAUGCUGUACUGAAAACUAAAGACACUAAAGAUCUUGAACCCUCCAAAAGACAAAAAGUGGUGGAAGCUAAAAGGAAACCGCCCCAGAAAGAUUUGGAAGGAAUUCAACCAGGGACAAGCUCGGAGAAGGCCUUCAGCAAAAAUGAAAAGCAGCAAAGCAGCAUGCCAAAUCAGAAUAAUGGAAGUAGAAAGAAUAUUCAGGAGAGGAGACAGGAUGAUAUAAAGCACAGAGAGCAGAAGGGCACAGGAAUGGGCAACACCAAGGAAACAAUUGCAAGGGAGCAUCGGCAGCAGAUGGAAGCACAGGCAUCUAAAAGAUCAGAAGCUGCAGUGACAUUGCAAGGAAAAGCAGGGUACAAAGAAAGCAUGCUUCAAACAGAAAAGAGAUAUACAAAUACAAGCAAGCUUCUGCCAAACAACAAUCAGCAAAGGUAUAGUUUCCAGAAACCUGAGCAACAAGAAGAAAAGAAUCAUGGAGAAGAGAGGGAGCAGCAGAGUGCAAAACAAAAGUUGCAGGGGAGUAAACAAAGAGGAAGUGAAAUAAAUUUGCAAAAGAAGCAUCAACAUAUGAGCCAAGCCACACACACUAAGAGAGCUUCUAAAGAAGCUGUUCGUGCAACUCAAUCAGAAGGGUUUCCAACUGGCAGACACCAUGAAGAUCUGGUCAACGAGGAAAAUUCUAGAGACUUAAACUUCCACAUGAAGUCUUUAAUGAAUAGGAACUCAGAUCAAAAUUACUCUCCAAGAGACAUGCAGCCUGAAUCAGGAAUAGGAAAAGCUCGAAUUCCGCCAGUUAUGGAGGAGAAGCCUCUUUACAUACCAGCCACGCCGCAGAAGGCGAAAAGCACGAAAGCACAUAAAAGCGAGACGCCUCGAAAGAUUGAUGAAGUAGCAACCAGAAGAAAUGGAACACUGCACAAUUUUGCAAGGCCACUAAAACAUCAGAGCUCCAUUUUGCAAGAAGCGAAGCCAAGAAUGUAUGACAAACUCAGUGGUUACAAAGGAUCAGCAGAACAAGUCAGAAUCAGCAGGCCUAAAGAAGCAGAAUCACAUAUCAUCAAAUCCAACAAAUCAGCAUCAAUUAUCCAACAAUUGAAUGUGGCAGAACUAGCUGAAGAAGCUGAGCAUGCUUCCCAUUUGUACAGUCCUCCAGGAGCACAUAUCAUCAAAUCCAACAAAUCAGCAUCAAUUAUCCAACAAUUGAAUGUGGCAGAACUAGCUGAAGAAGCUGAGCAUGCUUCCCAUUUGUACAGUCCUCCAGGAGGUGGAUACCAAAGACUAAAAGAACCAAUUCUACCUUCAAAUGCCAGCAGUCAACGAACGGUCCCAACAAUCAGUAGAGAUCAGCAAGAUCAAGUACCUGUUUUUGGUGGAGAUGAAUUCAAGGCAAAAUUUACAUCAAGGGACAUCUCUUACCCCUCACAACCGGAACACCAGAAAAUGGUCAAAUCAGGAAUGCAAGAGCCGCCAUUGACAGAGAGUGAAAACUGCCUGAAGAAGAUACUGAUAACAAGUGAACUAUUCCUCAACACAGCAGAGGCACUUUUCAUGCUAAACAUUCCUUUCGAGAUUCUGAAUGCCGGCGGCGGCCAUGACUGUACUCGAGACGAAGAAAGCAAGCUCAUAUUGGACUGCGGCUACGAAGUGAUGAAACGAAAAGGAAGAAGGCAAGAGCUCAUUGCUCAUCCCUGCGUGAAGAUAUCAAUCGGACCCAUAAAGGUAAGCUCCUUGGACGACUUGGUCAAGCAGUUAUACAAAGACUUCGACACGUUGAAACUCUACGGCAGAAAUGGGAAUCCUGCGUGCGAUGUUGAAGAUUAUCUUCCGGAAAUGCUGGAGAUCGAUGUCCACAACAGGGAUACCGACGUGAAUUGCAUGUGGGAUUUGGGUUGGAACGACAUCGUGUUUGCAUUGCUUGAAAAGGACGAUGUUGUAAGGGACGUGGAAAAGCACGUGUUCCAUGGACUCAUCGAGGAGAUCACCAGGGACCUUCUGCAUGUCUGUGUUUGAUCGAAAACAAUAUUGUUUUCGGUUUUGCCUUUUGGUUUUCUGAUUAUUAACGGAAUUUCUUCAUGUCGAUUGCGUUGUUUUGUAAACGAUGAAUUUUACAAUGUAAUGCUCACUUGCAGGU